AAAACCUUUUGGAUCUUCGACAGUACGGAGAUUUCUCCCCUUGAAACCCCGACUCGCCUUUGGUCGUCUCAAAGGCAACAGGCGCACCACGGCUCCCGCAGCCGUCAGCUUCGUCAGUGAUCAAGAUUUCAGCGUUCGGAAGUCUUUCCACAUCACCAACAACAUCCCCCCUCCCGCCCCUGCGCACGCCUAAGCAAAAACUCGAAUUCUUCCUGUUCGACGUUCUGUUUCAACAGACGCCUCCCGUCGACUCUACACCCGAUCAGCUGCCGCAUAGGACGCACUCGGAGCCUCUUCCUCUCGUCGAGGGAGAGUCGAGGAGAACUCGCCAGAUCGCUGAGGGAUCUGCCUGCUACCGCUUCCGGCCACCCUAGGACCCGCUUGACCGUCCGGCUUCAACACCACCAGACAAGUUAACCGCUCGUCCUUGACCCAACCAGUCAACUUCACGGAUAUGGUUAUGGCAACUGUCGCUCUUGAGCAAUAUGCCCCGCCUACCAUCAAUUAUGAUCGUAGCUACCACACAAUCCUGAAGACGAAGCAGCAAUACGCUGAUCACGCCCCCACCAACAAUGUCGUGAUCACGCCCAAGCAGCUCAUCGGCGAGGCUCUCCGCCGCCGUGUCGAGAGCAUCGACACGGAGUCCUGCGGAGCCGGCGAAGAGGACACCUUCUUCGUUGCCGACCUCGGCGAGGUCUACCGCCAGCACAUGCGCUGGAAGCUCAACUUGCCUCGCGUCAAGCCCUUCUAUGCCGUCAAGUGCAACCCCGACCCCCGCGUCAUCGAGCUCCUGGCUGCCCUCGGCACCGGCUUUGACUGCGCCUCCAAGUGGGAGAUCGACCAGAUCCUCAACAUGGGCCUCGCCCCCGAGCGCAUCAUUUACGCCCAACCCUGCAAGACCAACUCGUACCUCCGCUACGUCAAGACCCAGGGCGUCAAGCAGAUGACCUUUGACAAUGCCGAUGAGCUCUACAAGAUUGCAAAGCUCUACCCCGGCGCCGAGCUCUUCCUCCGCAUCAUGACCGACGACGAGUCCAGCCUGUGCCGCUUCAGCAUGAAGUUCGGUGCUUCCAAGGAGAUCGCGGGAGAGCUCCUCGCUCUCGCCAAGGACCUGGGUCUCAACGUUGUCGGCGUCAGCUUCCACGUUGGCUCGGGUGCCUCUGACCCCAUGGCCUUCUACAAGGCUGUCCACGACUCGUACCUAGUGUUCGAGCAGGGACGCGCCUUUGGCUUCAACAUGAAGACGCUCGACAUUGGCGGCGGCUUCUGCGACGACAGUUUCGAAGACAUGGCGGCCGUCCUUCGUGGCGCUCUCGACGAGUACUUCCCUCCCAGCAGCAACGUCAACAUCAUGGCGGAGCCCGGUCGCUACUACGUGUCUUCGGCCUUCACCAUUGCCUGCAACGUCAUUGCCCGCCGCACCGUUGAUGGUCCUACGCCUGCCGACGACAAGAGCUACAUGAUCUAUGUCAAUGAUGGUCUCUACGGAAACUUCUCUUCCAUCAUGUUCGACCACCAGCACCCCGUUGCCAAGGUCCUCCGCACCAGCGCGCGUACUCUCUUCGAUCACCCUGCCGCCAACGCCUGUCCCGAAGGCCAGGGAACCCGUUACUCUGUUUGGGGCCCUACCUGCGACGGCAUUGAUCGCAUUACCGAGAGCAUCUCCUUCGAACACGAACUCGAUGUUGGCGACUGGCUCUACUUUGAGGACAUGGGCGCCUACACCAAGUGCUCUGCCACCAAGUUCAACGGCUUCUCCGACGACCACGACGUAAUUUACGUCUGCAGCGAGCCGGGCGCCCGUGCUCUGCUUGGCCUUUGA